CAUACAACCGUAAAUACGAGUACCUUCCUUACCACGGGUGUCGAUAAAUUAAAACUAAAGCAGAGAUUGUUUAUGAAAAAAAACAAGAUGUCUAUGUGGAAACGGCCUUCGGUUAUAAUGCCACUUCUGUUGUCUGUCUGGCUGUUUGGACAAUGCCACGCUUUCAGCUCGACUUUUGGGGUCGCACAAACCGAAUCGCCUUAUGUACUCACGACUACAGCAGCGCCUGAAUAUUAUGAGUGGAAAGACAAUUCGGUUUUCCCAUUCAUUCUGAACAGCCUUAAAAUUGGAUUAUACCCACACACAAACUAAAAAACCGAACAAAACUGACAAAACACCGCUUUUUCUCUUUUAAUUGAUGCUUCAAAACUUGUGAUUCCAAAUUUGACAGUAGCAUUAAAAAAAAAAACAAAAAAAACAAGAUGUGGUGCAAACCGGCGGCUAUGCUGCCAGUGAUUUUAGCUGGAUGUCUGAUGUGUACAAGCGAAGCGUUUGGUGGCAUUUCGUCAUUUGGGAAGGCCAACACCGACCCGCCUCCUAAGCCCGUUACACCGGCCGCAGCACCGGCCAAGCCGUGUUCGAGGCACAACGAGUGCAUCGCGGUCGCCACCAGCUCCUGCGUGAGGACUCACUUCGACUCACAGACGAGAUGUCUAUGCGGGGACAACAGUGCGCCGAUCAACGGGCAGUGUGAGGCGUUGACUAAAUCGUUGUACCACUCCUGCGGCGCCAACGAAGAAUGUAACGACGGUCUCAUCUGUGGCACCCCCAACGCCACCGACAAAGCCCCCCACCUUCGCAUGUUGGGGCCUAAGGACACCAUCUGUCUCUGCGACACUGAGAGCGGCUUUAGAGAAAAAGACCAUACUUGCAGUGACGCUGCCAUCCUGACGACGUCGUUGUUCGCCAUCGCCGUCGUGUCCUGCAUAAGGAAGGUUCUGGCGAACUAGUUUAUCACUACACGAGUGUCUGCACUUCAUUAUCAAUCAUUUAUUUUUUCGCUGGUAAAAUGUAUAUUAAAUGAUUGAAAUAUUAUUUUAAUUCAGGGGUUCCUAAACUUUUUUGUAAUGUCUUGUACCUGUUUCUUUUCUACUUCUUUGUAAAAUAAAGCCUGACCGGCUGCUGAACUAAAUUUUUCAUACUAAACUCAACUGUCACCAGCAUGAGAACAACAGCGCCCUCUUGACCAUGAUCAUAUAUUUCUGGUCGGGCUUUAGAAGAAGUUUUAAAUCAGGGUUUCCCAAACUUGUUUGUAACGCUACUGCCGUUAACAUGUUCAUUUUUUUUAUUGUGAAGAUUUUUGCGCGUAGCUCUCAAAUCAAGGGCUGGCAAAGUAGACAUAGAUACCGAUUCCCGACGCCCCUAAACGCCAUGAUACCUCGAAAUGUCGCGACGGACAGUUGAUAACCCCUGAUUUAUUUUACUUUUCUCUUACACAAAAAAAAUAUUGCCACUUCUGUAUCCGAAAGUUAUACACGGUGUUUCACGAGGAUCCCGAAAGAUUUUAAUAUUGUAUGCCUGAUCAUAUUUAAAGACUAAAAUGUCCUCUAAACUUUUCUGGAAUACAUCUAGUUUCAUAGCUAAUGCUAGUUCUAGAACUAAUUGAAAAAAAAAAACACAUUUUUUUUGUUACUCAGUACUAAACGCUUUUUUGGUGGCUCUGCUGCUACUUUGGGAUGUUGUCUAAAUAUCCUCAUUGAUAUUAGAUGUAAUUAAGUGACAAAUAACACUUUGCAAGAACUAGGUUUUACAAAAAACAAAAAAAGGAUAAAUUCAUUUCAAGUGACAGCUUUACUAAUAACUUUUGAUUUUUAUGUAUGUUAAUACAUCCAAAAAAAAUAAAAAUCAAACAAAAAAAGAUUUAUUACAUUUUUAAUUAUUCAUAUAUGUUCAAAUUGUGAUAGUAAUCACCAACGAUUUUAAACGUUAAUUUCAUAAUUAAAAAGCAUAGGUACUUGCAAGAUGUAGAAUCGACCCGAUGCCGCAGCGAACGUAUUAUCUUUCGAGAACAGAAAAGACAACAAAAAAAAAUUGAAAAUAUUUUAAUUUGUGUUAUUUCAAGUAAAAACACUACUUGACAACUGUAUUUCGGUUAAACAGAAAUAACAAUUUAUAAUACUAAAAUUGUGUACGAGCCUUACUUUUUUCGUGUAAGCUAUAACCUACAAAAUGAAUGUGUAAUUAUGUACCUGUCAUACUGAAAAAAUCUACUAUGGUAUCAACCGCAAAAUGAACGCGAAACCGCAAAAGUUAAAGAAUUGCAGCUUUUUAGGGUUCCGUACCAAACAUAACGAAGAAACGUUUAAAAAAAAUACCCUGUAGGUAUAGUUAGUAAUUUUAUAUUUAGAAAUCGAAUCCAUUUCGAUUGACUCAUUUUAGUAAAUAUAUUAUAAACCGUGGGCCCAUGUAACCUGAACCAUGCCUUCCUGAGGUCAUAAGGAGCAAAAAAGGUUUAAUCUUUUUACAUAUUUGCGAAAAAAAAAACAUUGCUACGAAUAAGUGAAGUUUUAUUUCUUUAUUUCUAAAUACAUUUUCCGAAUUUCCUUUAAAACUUAUCACAUAGUGGCAGCAUCUCAGCCAAAAAGGUAUUUUCACUGAGUUAUUACAGAAACAAAUAUUUACAAGAAUUGUCAGUAUGUCUAAAACAAGACCGAUUUCAGAAAACUUUGUAACACAUUUUAGUCUCUAAAUACGGUCAAGAAUACACCUUUAGAAUCUGUCUGGUUAUAUGGGCUCACGGUGUAUAUUAACCUUCCUACUUAAGUAAAUGUUUUUAUUAAUUUAGAUGUCUUGCGCACUGUAAGAUUUAUUGUUUUGUAAAGUUUUCAGUGGCGAAGCGUUAAACAAAAUACAGAAAAGCUACUUAUGAAUCUUAUGAAAGUGCGCAAGUCGGCUCAUAAAUUUGCUCCAAGUUAUAUUCAUUUACUUUUAAUUAUACAUUUAAGUAUUAUUAUAUAAUUUUACAACAUAAUGUUAUUAAAUAAUGCAUAGCGCACCUUAGUAAUUAGUGUGAUUUUUACGCUUCAUAGUCUAAUAAAAAAUGCUAAAAUGAAAGUACCUAAUUAAAUACUAAUUAAUGUGUGUGCCUAAAAUAUCCGUCCUUUCAAUAAAUACAUGUCCAAUCGUAAAAUAAAUGUAAAUAGAAUAAUUACAAAAUUAUCACUAAUUAAUAGGUAAAAGGCUUUUUAAUUUGUGUUUUUACUAGUGUAAAUGUUACACACAUUGUUAACUAGAGAGUUAAAAUAAAAAAAUAUUUCUAAUGAAAAAAUUAAAUCACGGCACGCUUUUAGGUACUUAUUAUAACACAUUUACGAAAUUUAAUAUUUAUUUUAGCCGAAAAUACCUUGCUGAAACAAUCUUUACUCCACAAUAUUUAGUAAUAGACUAAUAGAUAUAAGAGUUAGAUGUAAUUUCAAAGUUCAUUGUAAUUUAGUGAUUGCUACUGCAUUUUUGGAAUGUAGAAUCAAGUAUAGAUUUACAAAUGUAACGUUUUAUUUAAAGUUUUAAUAAAGGCGAUCUUAAUGA